CCCCGGAGGUCCCGCCCCGCGCUUCCUGCGCCGCUAAAUGAGCUUCGCCGCGGUGCGAACGUCACUUCUGGUGAGCGGCCGAAUGAAAUGGCGAGCGGCGGUGGAGGCGGCGGCGGCGCGGGCAAGAUGGCGGACAAGGAGAAGAAGAAGAAGGAGAGUAUUUUGGAUCUCUCCAAAUACAUCGACAAAACAAUCCGGGUGAAGUUCCAGGGUGGCAGAGAAGCAAGUGGUGUCUUGAAAGGAUUUGACCCUCUGCUGAACCUUGUGCUCGACGGUACCAUUGAAUACAUGCGAGAUCCGGACGAUCAGUACAAACUCACAGAAGACACGCGUCAGCUGGGGCUGGUGGUCUGCAGAGGGACUUCUGUGGUUCUCAUUUGCCCGCAGGACGGAAUGGAAGCCAUUCCAAACCCCUUCAUUCAGCAGCAAGACGGCUAAUGCUUGAUUCUUUUAUUGUCUCUGAAGACUUCAAGGGUGCGAAUCAUUGGAGAAAACGAUGGGUGCAUGAGCAGCCUCCUGGUGUGGGGAGGAGCUCGAAUGUGUAUUUGUUAGUGUGAAACAAUGGGCAACUUAUCUUUUUGUGGCUUUCUGUAAAUGAGGAGAGGAUGGGGUGUGUAAGGGGUAUGAGGAGAGGAUGGGGUGCUGAAGUAAGCUCUGAGUUAUAUUUUCUUUUACCCAAAUAAAUGUGCGACUACAUUGGUUAGCAGAGGGAACACACUGUCAUGGGAUUGUCAGACACCCUCUUGAUCUUGUGAGUUUUGAAACAACCACGUAAAAUUAGUAAAGAAGGCCCUGAACACUGGUUAUGUUACUUACAUUUAUAAAUAUAUGAACAAAAUCUAAAUUAACCUAGAGCCUGAAUACAUGAGAACGUGUGUUUCUUCCUCCGAGACGUCAGUGCUCGGCUGGGAAGCGUUGUGUCUUCCUGCUGGUUGGUGUCUCCUGCAGGAAAUCUCUUGCCUUGUACAGGACUCUGUCACCUCUUCAAGCCACGUAGCCAAGCAAAUCUUUCCUAGCAGCUGCUCCAGAUCUCACGAGCUGUGGUUUGUGUAUCAGAAGGCUCCCAAAUUCCUACAGAAACACUGGACUGACUCCUGGGCUGAUCCUCGACUGAGCGACAUGAACCUCACGGACAAGUCUGUUCGAUACCUGGAAUUUUAGGGGAAGAAUAUUUAAGAUCCUAAUGUUUGGUUGUAGGCAGCGCCUGGCAAUACUGCGUAUUUUUAUAUUGUAGGUGUCCACAUGUGGUUCUGUUUGUUAUAACUUGAUUUGUAAGUAAACAUUUUUUAUUUCUUUUAUACGGCAGAAAUAGCAAGAAUUGAGGAAUUUUGAGUGAAUAAAUACAAAUGAAUCUGUUUGUAAA